ACGAUUUGUUCUGAGUUACGUGUCACUCAAAAAACACACGUAGUAUCGAAACUGUAUAAAUAUUCGCCAAAUAUAUGUUUCUCUUUUUCGGAUAAGUAAAAAUGCGUCGUCGAAUGGAGCCUGCCCUGCAAUCAAGCCUGCGCAAGUCAAAAUUGGAUCCCAAUGGAAAGUGUGGCGUUGCCGUGAAGCAGCAGCAGCAGCAGCUGCAGAAGCAUCCCAGUGAGCCACCUGUUGAGGCAAAGACGGCCAACAAUCCCAUCCAGUUCCUGGAGCGCAAGACCAAUGACGAGCUCGUCGUGCACUGGACUCGCUCUGAAAGCAGCCAGUUUCCACCCAUUAAAUUGAUGCCGCCUUGGUAGUUGUAUUUUCUAAUAUUCAAGUGCUUCCAGAAUCUUAAGGAUAUACAAAUAAAAACGGAUUAAAUUUA